AUGGCUCUCUUACAUUGGGGUUUUACUGCCUCCAAGGUUUAUCCCUCCUUGUUUCUUUAUCGAACGACAUCUGUCAUGAUCAUUUUUCUGGUUUACGUUGAUGACAUAAUUGUUACUGGUUCAUGUCCCCAGUCUUUUGCUCAGUUGUUUUCCUUUCUUCGAGCUUGGUUUUCCGUUAAGGAGCUUGGCCCUUUGCAUUUCUUUCUUGGAAAUCUUUCUGUACAUGAUGGCAGUCCCCUUGCUGAUCCUACAGAGUAUCACAGUCUCAUUGGUGCAUUGCAAUAUUGCACCAUGACUCGACCGGACCUUUCGUUUCCUGUCAAUCAGUUAUGCCAAUUUAUGCACUCACCUACCACUACUCAUCUCCAAGCUGUUAAGCAUGUUUUACACUAUCUCAAAGGUACUGCUCACCUUGGACUACUUCUUCAACCUUCGCCUAAUCAUACCUUGUAUGCCUACACUGAUGCCGAUUGGGCCUCAUGUCUAGACGAUAGACGAAGUACGAGUGCUUACUGCAUUUUUCUUGGUCAUAACUUGAUUUCUUGGUCCUUUACUAAGCAAAAAGUGGUGUCUCGGUCUAGGACCGAUUCCGAGUAUCGGGCGCUUGCCAAUGGAGCUGCUGAGUUAUCCUGA